AUGCGUUCCUCGGGUGCCUGGUUGACAGAAUUGCGUCGCGGCUGUACUGCAAACUGGGAUGGGAAGAAAAGUUCGACCGAUCCGAAUAGUCGCCUUGAGAAGAAUCUAGUUAGCCGAAUAUUCGAUGCAUUGACACAACUUCUGGAGCCUAUCCCGGACGAUUAUAUAUUACCUGCUCAAACACUCCUGGAUCAAGUGUCGGAGCGUAACUUUUGUGUGCCUCGAUCUGAUGGAAACACUGCACAGAACGCCAGCAAGCAGAUAAUAGAGGCUGACUGUCUACCCGAAUGUCUGGUAGAAUUCGAUGCUCACAUCAAAGUGAUCGUCGAAUAUGUGUCGGCGUCGAGCUGGCCUGUUGCGCUUGAUUAUGUCAGGAAUACUAUAUACAAUGUCCGAACAACAGUAUUCCCCGAAGGUAGUUUAGCGAAUCAGGGCCAUACUCAAGAUGUUGAUGCUCCAGCUCUUGUGACGUUGAGGCUGCUAUCCUUCUUCUGGAUUGACAGCGCUAAGUUGGGGCACAUCGUUCAAGAAAUAUGCUCCAGCUACUUGCACUUUCGCAAAUCCUGUCAGUGUACAAUAGCUGUUGUUCUGCCGCUCCUCGUCACUCGUUGGAUUGAUAGAAGCCCUGAUGAAUUCGUUCGAUUACACUCACGGCAAAGGAGAUUAGAUGGUGGUGGCGACACUCUGUUCGACAUGACACAGACAGGAAUAGACCAAGGUCGUCGAAGAGCAGUCUUAUACCCGCUGCAGAUGACCCUCCUAUUGUUGCUUCCUGACGUUUUUGAGGUAGCAAGCAACUUGAGGGAAGCGAAAAGUAAUAACCUGAUCAAGAAGGUGUCCUUUUUGGACAGCCUCAGAAAGGCCCUUCGGAAUGGGAAUGAACGAGCAGCGUACUGCCUAGUAAGCCUUCUUCGAGCAGCUAGACAUUUUGAGGCUGAGAGCGAUUCUGCCUUGGUCAGUUACGCCAUGGAUGUGCAAGAUGAAAUCCGAGAAUCCGUGUUCAGCCUUUCCCAGACCAACAUUGCAAUACCACAGUUUGACCAAGAUAUGAUCACAGGAGCUUUUGUUAGUCUCGCUCAUCUUGGAUUGGACGGUAGCGUUGAGACGCUGACGAAAGCAUGUAUUUCUUCAUCUGCGCCGGACUCUUUCAAGAUCGCCGUCAUUCAAGCAUGUUCAUAUUUUGCGCGACAGUCUGAAACGACCAAGUAUUCAGCACUCCAGACACGUGUUCUUGCUCUUAUCCAAUCUGAGUUCGAGUCCGAGUAUAUGAACUCCUUCAAAGCAAGACGUGAGCUGUCACAGGAUGGCAACCGUAAGGUUUUGGAAAUCCUUCGGUAUCUCUAUGCCUCCCCUGGCCCUCUACUUCGGGAUUUGUCUGGUGAGACUGCAGAUAUGGCAUUCCUCAAGCCAUUCUUAUUUUGCGUCCUUUCUCGGGACCAAUCCAUUCGUCAGCUAGCCACAAAGGUUGCGAAUAAGCUCUUCAUUAUGAACAAAGACUCGGUGGGCACCUCUCAACUUGGACAUCGUGAUGCAACUGAAGAACUGGGAGAAAACCUCUGGAUUCGAAGUUCGUCAAUCCUUCUUGAGCUAUGCGGAGAAAUCGAAAAGGACAUUAGCCUUUCCACCAUAACGCAACUUCGGGAGUUUUUAGGCGCAAGGUCGGCGCUUCUUAAAGGCAUGCCAAUUUUAUCCCAUCUUCCCAUGAACGUGCCGGACAUUCAUCUGGCGGCGUCGAAACUGGAAACAACUUUGUUGAUAUCCAUAUGUUCUCCAAAUAUUGCCGUGUGUCAACUGGCUACUGUCUGUAUCGGCCUCUUGGUGGACGAAUGUACGCAUGUCGGUGAAUAUACUGACUCUGCAAAGCUGCUUUCUUCAACUUAUCGCAACCAACUCGUUUAUCAGGAACUUUCCUCACCAGCUUUCCAUUUUACCGGUCUUGUCGCCUUUCAGAAGAGAAUGCGGGGAUUUCUAAGACAAAUUCGACUGCCAACGCAAGGCAUCAUGGACGCUUGGGAAACUGCCUUCGACCACUGGAUUCACCUGUCCAAAGAGGUUUCUCUGGCUACGGCAGACGGUGUAGACGAUAGAAUGCUAUCAGAGUGGCGAAAUCUAUCGGGCUUUUUGGCAUCCUUGGGCGGCAUAUGCACCUAUGGAUACGCCAGCAAAUUGGAUGAGGCAAUCGGAGACUUGAAUUGGAUUGAUCGGGUAUCCUUCGAACAUCAUGAAGAGCCUCUCUUGUCAAGGUUUCUGAGACUCAGCAUCCAGCUUCUGGGUUGCAACAACAUCAAAGUGCGUGAGGCAAUGCGAGAGGUCUUAUCCACCGAGGUUUCUUCGAUUCUCUACGCGCCGCUGUUUAAGGCUCUGGAAUCAGAACUGGAAGUUUUGCUAGCCGGAGUUCUCGCAUCCCCUGAUCAAGGCCAGGAGAAUGAAGUGAUAUUUGCCGAACAAGCUGCGUCUUUGCUCAAGAUCAUGGUUGAGAAGCUCGAAAGUCCAUCUGACUUGGGUUCUAUUUCAUCAGUCCACCUCGGAGUUCUUACGUUGAGUUUUGCAAAAUUCUUGGAUGGUGCAUUGGAUGGAGUGGCAACGCUGCGUGUCAAAGUCAAGAUUUGUCAUUUGUGCGAAGCAGUCACAAAACGCAAGGAACACCUCAACUUGCGAGACGACAUUCGCAUUAGAAACCAGCUGCUAGAAUAUAUAUUUGGUUGGAUAGCUCGGCCGCAUUCUCUGAAACAAGAACAAUUGGGCAAUGGCCCUAGACAGGAUGAAUUUCGGCGUGUACAAAAGGACCUCGACAAGGCUUGCCUCAGGACUCUCGGUGAUCUCACAUUUCGCCUUCCGCUGCAGCCAGCUGAUAGCCAAUCGGAUGCUGGGAUGAGUGAACUCAAGUCGCAAAUGUUUCAUACUUAUUUCAACCGUUUCUUGUCGCUUCUCAACUACGAGACGCAGGAAAUGAGCAGACAAGAACUGCCCCUCAUGGGUAAUCGCGAUGAAGGCCUCUCGAAUGCUGAUUUGGUUAUCACUAUUCUUUCCAAUUUGCUCAGUGCGAACAUUGAUGUUGGCUUGAAGCACUCUCUAAAUAUCGGCUAUCAUGAAAACGUUGAUAUACGCGCUGCAUUUGUCCGUGUGCUAUGUAACAUUCUUACGCAAGGAACGGAAUUCAGCUCGUUGACUGAUGCAGCUGUCAGUGAUAAAUAUGUUGAACUAUUAAAUCAAACGGGCCCAACUUCAGCUGACCCCGACACAGAAAACGAAACCGAAAUUUUGCGGAGAACUUGCGUCGCUACAAAGAUGCUAUCUGUAUAUGCGAAAUGGAAAGGAGCAUCAUAUUUAAGAACGACGUUGCAAAAGGUCCUCGAGAGGCUCAUGCUGACGUCGAACGACCUAGACUUGGAACUAGACCCAGCCAGGGUGAGCACUCCCGGCGAGUUGCAAAAGAAUGCUGCGCAACUUCAGAUCGUGGCCAAGGUGUUUAUGGACGACAUAUGCGCUUCAACAUCAAAUGUUCCAAGCUCAUUUCGAAGGAUAUGCAGCAUCAUAUCUGAUGCUGUUCUUCCUCGCUUUCCCAAUGCAAAGUAUACUGCCGUGGGAGCUUUUGUAUUCCUCCGCUUUUUCUGUCCUGCCAUUGUGGCACCCGAAGCUGAAGGCCUCGUUUCAGUGGCACCGACGAAGGAAAUGAGACGGGGACUGUUACUAAUCGCAAAAAUAAUCCAAAACCUAGCCAAUAACGUUCUUUUCGGAACUAAAGAACCUUACAUGUUCCCCUUAAACCCCUUCCUUGUCCAGAACAUACAUUUGGUCACUGGGUUCCUGCGGGACAUCUCCGUGCCCUCGAGGCAGGUUGAUGCAGCUCGCCCCACGAUUGACGUAUUUGACUUCGGCUCAUGCGUGUCACUGCACCGAUUUCUGUAUGAUCACUGGGAUCAUUUGCGUCAGACACUUGUUGCAAGAGAAAGAAAAGAACAUCUGCGAACUCCGGAAGAGAUUGCCCGGACACCACCGUCAGUCUUUGAGCCACUUCGGGGUCUCAUCAGCAAUCUCGGGCCGCCGCCCCUUGCAAUCUCUUGGAACAGGCCUCAGAUAUCCUGCAAUACGCCGCCUUUGUACUCAAGGUUUCAAAACUUCAUGUUACGAAAUGCCUUUAGAAGUGCGGAGUCUUUUUUGACUGCUCGUGCCGUGUAUGACGGCGGUGAAAGCAAGGACGGUCUUUCCACAGUGUGCGUUAUACUACGGCAUAUCGAAAACGAAAGCAUCGAUUAUGAUACACUUUUGUACUGUUUUCUAAAACGCUUUCAAGAUCUGCAGGUCCAUUUCCAUUUGGGUAAACUCCGUCUUCCCAAAGAAACUAUAAGCGUGGUUAGAGAAACUCGAUUCGUGUUUCAAACCAUCACAAGAUUAUCAAAGUCCAAAGGGAAAGUUGAGGUCGUGAUCAAAGUUGGCAGCCAAUUUCUUCAAAUAACUACCGUUAAGAAGCAAGAAGUAUUAUCUGGUCUCCGCCUUAGCAGUGUCAUCAAUGACAUUUUCCGUCUAAGUGACAUAGAAGAAGCCUCAACCCCACAAGCGGAGGACGAUUCUAACUUUGGACUAAGAGCUGAUGGGGGUAAGAUUGUCAUGUUCUUUACCAGCUCCAAUGGGGCGGACAUUCUUCAGACUAUCCGUGGAGCCAAGACAAAACAAGGCAAGGACAGCAGAAUGGUAAAACCCGUUGAAAGGCUCGUCCGACCACAAGACGUCCCAGGGACCAUGCUCAACUUGGCACUUACCAACCUGUCAAGCCCAUAUCAUGUCCUUCGGUUAGCCUCUUAUAACCUCCUCGGGGCAUUGUGCCGAUCUUUCGACUUCGGUGUUUCUGGACGACUGGUUUGCAAUCGAGAUUUAGCUGUUCCUCUUGAGCCGACACGAUUUACCGUGAAUAUCAGUCAAGAAUUAGCUCAAGCCGAACCCCAACUCACAGCGGACUUUCUGACCGAGUUUUUUAAACCCCUUAGCUUGGAAUACGUGGCGCCUUGGCUCCCCGGCCUUCGCACAACAGUUCUAGUUGUUGAGGCAGACGGGGACAAAGCACGAGACAAAGUUGCAUCGCUUCUACGAAAGCUGAUAGACAUAGCUGUGUUGGACCAAAACUUGACAUACUGUCUGGCACAGUACAUCUGGCCAUGUAUUGCACAAGAUGAGCUGCUCCUUGAAAUUUUUAUGGAUGAGCUUAUCAAGGCCGCGCUUAGUUACGGAAGCAGGGCAGACACUUUAGAGAUACUGUCUUCGGUCAUGGUUGGACUUGGCACUGUUACCUUGCGGGCUAGAAUCAUUUCUCGCCUUCGCAAGGCUCUUAACAGGUCAUCGCUACGCCCGACUCGCUUACUCCAGGACAAUUCUGUCUGGGAAGAAAUCUGCAUCCUGCUUCAGUUUUGCCUGGGCUUGUCUUUUGACAGUCGAGUGCAAUCCCAGAUGUUUCUUCCAGAAAUUUUCCAUAUCGUCACAAUGUUGGCUAACACCGGGGGAAGCGAGGUACGAUUGCUUGUUUACAAAUUGCUAAUCAACUCGAUUCAUGCAAUAUGCGCUUCAUUCAGUAUAGAUGACGCAAAAUUGGUCCGGCUGCGGUCAAUUUUGGACAUCUUUGGCGACACCAGAGGAGACAUUUUCACUGCUCCAACGUCGUUGGCAAGGGACGGGGCCUCAGUAUCAACGUCACUUGACUCGGGCCCAGCUCUGGCCUUAACUGAGAAUCUUACAUCUGUAUUGUUUGAGGUCUGCUUGAUAGCUGCUCCGUCAAUGGAUAUUGCCAACGCCUGGCGUGCUCGAUGGAUGAGUCUCGUGGCCAGUACAGCCUUUCAAAAUAACCCUGCAGUUCAGCCAAGGGCAUUUGCAGUAAUGGGAUAUCUGGCAAGGGAAGAAGUGGACGAUGAUCUGCUAUACCAAGUCCUGGUAGCCCUCCGAAAUAGCGUUAGCCAGUUUGGCGAGGAUGGAAAUAGUGAAAUGCUAGUUUCCAUUAUUACAUCCUUGUCCAAGAUGAUGGCCAAAUUACCAUCCAGUUCGAGAUAUGGGCUUCAAUUAUUCUGGUUGGCUAUGUCACUUGUGCGUCUCGUACCGGCUGCCAUUUUCAACUGCGCAGCGCAAUUUCUGGGGGCCAUCCUGACGAACAUUGGCACAAUUGGCAAUGUGAGAGGAGAUAAAAUGGUCCCUCUCCUCCUUCAGUGUCGAAGCCAGUUAGAGGACGCCGCUUUGCCAUUGGACGAUGCUUACGGCAUCCGGUUUGAAGAAGAUACCUUCCACUUUGCGGUUUGUGCUUGUCUUGUUCGAGGUCUCACAGACACAGCGACCAGACCAACCGCAAUUCAGGUUCUAUCUUCAUUCUUAGAGAUGACAUCUCGAUCUCAGGACCCCGUCCCAGGGAGUCCUAAUCGUGCCAUGCAUGGGUCCCCUUACCUGGCUCUCCUGCUAGCCCGUGGCAUGCAGGAAGAUUUCAUGGACAGCUUGUGGUGGUCUGACCUUAAGACGGAAGCCAUUUCUGAUAUUCUGGACAGCCGUGGCGUGCAGGGUGUCGACAACAUGAAAGAUAAGGACCUCCUUCUAAUUUCAGCCAUGGAGCUUGUCGAUUUCCAUUGCCUGGAGGGUGCUGCACAAGCCCGCAGCCUUCGCUGGCUCAACUCCCUGGCCGAAGCCAGACCAGUCGUCUUCACGAGCUUAUGUGGGGCUUUAACAUCCGUUUUGGACGAUGUGCUGCUGCACAGCCAGGAAUCGGCGGCAUUGGAAGCCGCUCAUGUACUACUGCGAACGCUUGCGUCCGAUCAGAAAUAUGCCCAAGCAAUGGGCUCCAUGCACUCAUUAAAUAGCCAGCUUACUGAUAUGGGAUUUGGCGGGUUGUGGAAAACACCCAAACAGAGUACGGCAGAGGACGCAAAGGGAGAAUGUUUUGAGCUUACGGAAAAGCUGAUCGAGCUCAUCGUUAUGUGA